GCGGGGUUCGUGCCGAGGCCCCGAUUCCGCGCCCGCCAUGGCCGACAAGAUGGACAUGUCCCUGGACGACAUCAUUAAACUCAACCGGAGCCAGCGGGGCGGACGCGGCGGGGGCCGGGGCCGAGGCCGGGCCGGGGCCCAGGGCGGCCGCGGCGGCGGGGGCGCGCAGGCGGCAGCCCGCGUGAGCCGAGGCGGGGGGCCCAUCCGGAACAGGCCGGCCAUGGCCCGCGGAGGCGCCGGGGGCGGCGGCAGGAACAGACCCGCGCCCUACAGCCGACCAAAACAGCUUCCAGAUAAGUGGCAACAUGAUCUGUUCGACAGCGGCUUUGGAGGCGGGGCUGGCGUCGAGACCGGUGGGAAAUUGCUGGUCUCCAAUCUGGAUUUUGGGGUCUCAGAUGCGGAUAUUCAGGAACUAUUUGCUGAAUUUGGAACUCUGAAAAAGGCAGCUGUACAUUACGAUCGGUCUGGCCGGAGCUUAGGAACAGCAGAUGUUCACUUUGAGCGAAAAGCAGAUGCUCUGAAGGCCAUGAAACAGUAUAAUGGUGUCCCUUUGGAUGGUCGCCCCAUGAAUAUUCAGCUUGUUACAUCACAGAUUGAUACACAACGAAGACCUGCACAGAGUGUAAAUAGAGGUGGAAUGACUAGAAACCGUGGCUCUGGAGGUUUUGGUGGUGGAGGUGGCACCCGGAGAGGCAGUCGUGGAGGCAAUCGAGGACGAGGCAGAGGGACUGGAAGAAAUUCGAAACAACAGCUUUCCGCAGAAGAACUAGAUGCACAAUUGGAUGCUUAUAAUGCCAGGAUGGAUACCAGUUAAAGUAGCCAACAUAUUCCCUGCAUGGAACAGGACCCAGGAAUCUCAUUCUUUACCCUUUUCGAUGGAGGGCGGAGUAGAGGACUGUGGCUCUGCUGUCAAUGAUGGAUUUGUUUCUUUUAUGUUUCGAAAUAGGAUUUAAAACUCAUGUAAAGGUUUUUUUUUUAAUUCUGAAACAGACCUGUUUUGUACCAAGUUAUUUUUGGGAUAAAUUUUACUGGUUGCAGUUGUGGAGAAGGUGGCGUUUUCACCUUUGCCAUAAUAAAAUAGAAAUGUGUGUAGAA